AUGGCCUACCUGCGGGCCUGCGAAGUCCAGCAGCUGCUCCACAACAAGUUCGUGGUCGUCAUGGGGGACUCGAUCCAGAGGGCUGUGUACAAAGACCUGGUGCUCCUGCUGCAGAAAGACUGCCUGCUCUCCUCCAGCCAGCUGAAGGCCAAGGGCGAGCUGAGCUUCGAGGGCGACGUGCUGCUGGAGGGAGGCCGUUGGGGCCGCAUGCACAAUGGCACCCACUACCGCGAGGUCCGCCAGUUCCGCUCGGGCCACCACCUGGUGCGCUUCUACUUCCUCACGCGCGCCUACUCGGAGUACCUGGAGGCGGUCCUGGCGGAACUGCACUGGGGCGAGCACGUCCCGGACGUGGUCAUCAUGAAUUCCUGCCUCUGGGACCUGUCCAGGUAUGGCCAGAACUUCCAGAGGCGCUACCGGGAGGACCUGGAGCAGUUGUUCGGCCGCCUGCAUCAGGUGCUGCCCGAGUCCUGCCUGCUGGUGUGGAACACGGCCAUGCCAGUGGCCGAGGUGGUCUCGGGCGGCUUCCUCCCGGCCGAGCUGCGGCCCCAGAUGGCCCGCCUGCGGGAAGACGUGAUGGAGGCCAACUUCUACAGCUCGGCGGAGGCCAGCAGGCACGGCUUCGAUGUGCUGGACCUGCACUUCCACUUCAGGCACGCAGGGCAGCACCGGCAGCGCGACGGCGUGCACUGGGACGGGCGCGCGCACCGCCACCUGUCGCAGCUGCUGCUGGCCCACCUGGCGGACGCCUGGGGCGUGGACCUGCCGCGGCGCGAGCGCGUGACCAGAUGGAUCCGGGAAGGCCCCGGCGGAGGACAGCCCAGCCGGCACGGGAGGCAGCCCCGGGACCGCAGAGGUGACCCAGGCGAACGUAUUUUUUCGCGGUUCCCACCUACAUCCUCGUACCUCUGUCCUCUGCUGCGAUCCCCCGCGCCCUUUUCUCUGCCUAGACCUCUGUUUCCUUCCCCGCACCAAGAAGUCUCUGUGCUCUUCCCCCGACCUGUGCUGCACAGCCCUUUCUCCUACGACCCCGCUCCGCACCAGGUUGGGAAUACUGGCCAAGGAAACUCCAUCAUGGGCCCCGAGCCACCUUCGGGCCCCAUGCGCACGGCCUCUUUCCAGCACCACAGAAGGGGGUCCCCUCCUUACCCACGCUGGGGCUUCAGUGGGUCACACAGGCGCCAUAGAAGGCGCACCAGCAGAAGACCCGAGCACACCCAGAGGCAAGGACCCAGUAAUCGGCCCUAG